GAAAGAGGAGGAGGAGCUACCAGCAGUGGAGAAGGGUGGAGGGUGGGUACUGCGCUUAGCAGAGAAGUCUGAGACCGAGGCUGUCACAGCCUAGGCAGAUCAGGGGGAGAAGGAAGGCUUGAGGGCCCCCGCAGCUGAAGCGGGACAGGAAAGAGAAGGGAGCUGAGGCCCAGGCAGAGUGUGCACAGCUGCCUCUGAAGAUGGAGGUCAUGGGCGGACAGGCCCCUGCUGGGGCUGGAGGUCUGGCAGCGGUAAACAUGGGGCCUGAAGCCCUCAUCUUAGCUGUGGCAGUGGCUGGAGCUGGAGGAGGGCCAUCGCCUACAACUGGGAGCGGAUCGAGCCCAGAGACCGAUACAUGGACAUGGACAUGGACAUGGAAGGGGGAGUGGUCAGGGCAAGAUAUAGCACUAGGCCCCACGUUGGCCGCUCUGUUGCUGUUGUACGCUGCGUUGUGGGCUAGUGUAGUAGAGUUGAGAUGGAGGGUCCUGGAUCUGGCUCAGCAGCAGGAAGAAGAACAAGACACAGAGGCAGGGGCAGAGGAAAGGGCAGAGACAAGGACAGAAACAGAGGCAGGGGCGGAAGCAAAGCAGGUGCUUGAACAAGAGCCUGAGCAGACCGAACUCAAACAUAAGCUAGAAGCAGUGCCCGAGAUGGAGACCGAGUCAGAGGCCGAGGCAGAGGCAGAGGUAGAGGCAGAGCUGGAGUUGAGGGAGCCUUCGGGCGCUUGGAGCCCAAAGGAGCCUGCAUCUUUAUGUGAGAUCGAGCCCCGGACCAACGUGCCUGUACUGGGGAUGGAUGUCCGCCCUGUGAGACUAGCUGGUGUAGUGGUUGCUGUCCGCUCGGGUCUGGUGCUGAAAGUGACGACAUUGGACGCAGGAGCAGGGGGUUUGCUGCUGUCCCGCUCACAGCAAGUAAUCCUAGACGAGGGCAGCAUUCGCUCCCUGCGUCCUUUGGGAGUGGAUUCGGUUCGCAUGAACAACUGCUGGGACAAUGGACGCUUCUUCCCUCGGCUUGGAGCCUUCCAAGAGCACUUGCUCAGCCUACUGGAGCAGGAGGCCUGUCGAGCAAGGACCAACAUCCUCGUCUUCCUGGACACCAAGGCAAUGAAGAAAAUCUACCAUCGGGUUUUCAAUGCCUACAAAAUGGAUGGAGACCCAAAAGUGAGUGGCCUGUCACUCCAGCAGCUCCUUGAGAUCUUGCUGUCUUGCAAGAAGAUCACAUCAACCUAUAUUAAGAGGAACAACAUUGCUGUCAUGAUGGAGGGAGAAGAUGCACGUCUGCUCAACUUUGAUACUGGGUAUGGUGUGAAUCUUGGACCAAGGGGCCUGGAGUCAAAUGAAGAAUUAGCCACCAACACGGCAACAGCCAGGGAUUAUAGAGAUGUUUUCCAACCUUCGUCAGCUAACACUAAACAGUCCAGAGAAAUUGUUGAAGAAUCUAAAAGUGAUGGGCUGUUUGGUGCUCACUUUGAGUGAAUAGAGCAAGGAGAACAGGUCUUCCAUAAAGGGUAGACCUAUCUAGCCAGGAUGUUCUUGCAAAAUCCUCCAAAAUUAGUCAAAAUACUCCAAGUAAGCAAAUGGUGUCAGUAUGGUUCUAGGCCUUUAAAUGCAGACCAAAGGAAAAAAGGGUUAUAAAAUAUAAGAUUCCAAUGAACUCUCAAGUUCACACACUGGAAACACACACACACACACACACACACACACACACACACACACACUCCACUGUUCUGCUUAGUAUUCACUGGGUUACCUAGGAUAAAAAAAAAAUUCAGUAUUUGAUCCCUUAGGAUUUUUGCAAGAAAGACUGAGGUACUAGGGUCUGUUCCCCCGUUCCCCCCUCCAUACUUGUAAAGUAUCAUCUUAGAAUGUCAGAGUAAGAAGGGACCUUAGAACAUAGAAAACAGAAUGUGAGAGCUGGGAUGGACCUCAGAACAUAGUACAGAAGAUGCCACAGUUUGGAGGGAUCUUGGAGAGGUUCCAUUAGAGGAGUCUGCAGUUAGCUUUAGUGUUUCUCUUCAAAUAUGUGCCAAAAUAAGGAAUAGAGACUGUACUUGUAUGUCAAUUCCCUUCAUUAAUGCACUAGGAGUCACCCCAUUACAGAAAUGUUGAUUGUGUAUGAUCCUCUAAACAAUGUCUAUCUCUAAUGCAUAGUUAUUUAAGUGAUAUUAUUGUUUCUUAUACAGUAUAUGAAUAUUGUUGGUCUUUUUUGUAUUGUAUUAAUGCAUAAGUUAAAUAAAUAUGUAAAACAGUACUUAUGAAGUUGGUGGAAAAUUUCCUUGAAAAGAAUUGAAAGAAUUGAAAAGAAAUGUUUACUUAGAUACUUACUAGACUGGGAUUUCCCUGAAAGUAUAGACUGUAUCUUAGCUAAACUUUUAUUCCUCUGCCCACUUCCCUUCCCCCACCAUUAAAUAUAGUGCCCAAGCCAUAAUAUAAAGCUUAAGGAGUGUUUCUUGAAUGCAUGAACAUAUGAAUGGUUAAAUCCAUGAUCUCAUCAGUGGACUGGUCCUUCCAUCAGCGCAGAUCCUCCCAGCCUUCUCAGACUUCGUAAUUCUUGGCUAUGUCUCCCCCUCC